UCUCAUCCGCUCUAAACAACCUCAUCAAAACUACUUUCUGGUCAGAGAGAAGCAAUAAUUAUUAUUAACAUUUAUUAACGAUCAAUAAACUUGAUUGCAUUAUGGCCAGCACUAUUAAGGAAGCAUUAUCCGUUGUGAGUGAGGACCAGUCAUUAUUUGAGUGUGCCUACGGAACGCCGCACCUGGCUAAGGCCGAGAUGACAGCAUCCUCCUGCAGCGAUUAUGGCCAGACCGCCAAGAUGAGCCCACGUGUCCCCCAGCAGGACUGGCUGCCACAGCCCCCAGCCAGGGUCACCAUUAAGAUGGAAUGCAACCCCAGUCAGGUGAAUGGCUCCAGGAGCUCCCCCGAUGAAUGCAGCGUGGCCAAAGGUGGGAAGAUGGUGGGCAGUCCGGACGCAGUGGGGAUGAGCUACGGCAGCUACAUGGAGGAAAAGCACAUGGCACCCCCUAACAUGACCACGAAUGAGCGCCGGGUGAUCGUACCAGCAGAUCCUACCCUGUGGAGCACAGACCACGUGCGGCAGUGGCUGGAGUGGGCGGUGAAAGAGUAUGGCCUUCCAGACGUAGACGUCUUGCUGUUCCAGAAUAUUGACGGCAAGGAGCUGUGCAAGAUGACCAAGGAUGACUUCCAGAGGCUCACCCCGAGCUACAACGCCGACAUCCUUCUCUCCCAUCUCCACUACCUCAGAGAGACUCCUCUUCCACAUUUGACUUCUGAUGAUGUUGACAAAGCCUUACAAAACUCUCCACGGUUAAUGCAUGCUAGAAACACAGGGGGUGCAGCCUUUAUUUUCCCAAAUACUUCAGUAUAUCCUGAAGCUACGCAAAGAGUUACAACUAGGCCAGAUUUACCUUAUGAGCCUCCCAGGAGAUCGGCCUGGACCACCCAAGGUCACCCCACCCCUCAGUCCAAAGCUGCUCAGCCAUCUCCUUCCGCAGUGCCCAAAACGGAAGACCAGCGUCCCCAGCUAGAUCCUUACCAGAUUCUGGGACCGACCAGUAGCCGCCUUGCGAACCCAGGGAGCGGCCAGAUCCAGCUGUGGCAGUUUCUCCUGGAGCUCCUGUCUGACAGCUCCAACUCCAACUGCAUCACCUGGGAAGGCACCAACGGGGAGUUCAAGAUGACCGACCCCGACGAGGUGGCCCGGCGCUGGGGCGAGCGCAAGAGCAAGCCCAACAUGAACUACGAUAAACUCAGCCGCGCCCUGCGCUACUACUACGACAAGAACAUCAUGACCAAGGUGCACGGGAAGCGCUACGCCUACAAGUUUGACUUCCACGGCAUCGCCCAGGCGCUCCAGCCGCACCCCCCGGAAUCGUCUCUGUACAAGUACCCCUCCGACCUCCCGUACAUGGGCUCCUACCACGCCCACCCGCAGAAGAUGAACUUCGUGGCUCCCCACCCCCCCGCACUCCCCGUCACCUCCUCCAGCUUCUUUGCUGCCCCGAACCCAUACUGGAAUUCACCCACGGGUGGCAUCUACCCAAACACUAGGCUCCCAGCCAGCCAUAUGCCCUCUCAUCUGGGCUCUUACUACUAACGGCCCUCCGGAGGCCUAGCCCAACAACCUGCAGUCACCCAUACAUUGCCACGAACUCGACCAGAGACCACGAAUCUAAAGUGCCUCAAGAGAAAUGAACAAAAGCUUGUCUGGGGCUGGGGAAGGAAGCCAGGGAGAGACCCAAAGACUUACAGAGGGGGACAGUGACUUACGAAUUACUACAGGAAAGAAAAAGGCUUCUCAAGAUGCCAUCUAUCUGGACAGACGAUCUGCGGCCCAAUCUUGUCAAAGACAUUGUAUGUAGAAGCAUGAAGUCAUAAGGACAAGUGCCAAAAA